AUGUAUUCCAUAUUACUUCUCCUUAUUCUCCCUGUUACUUUGGCAUCCAGCUACUGUCCUCUUCUCGGACCAGUCUUCCCUAUCCCAAAGUCCCUCUGCAACAAUGCAGCCAUCACUACAGCAAAACACAACAUAUCCUCUAUCCUCGAUGCCACUACAAAGGGGACAUCGCCUUUGAACAGCAUUCUAGAUCUUAACUCGACUUCAUUCUCCCUCCAGAUAUUCUCUACCGGUGACAGCGCACCUCUAAUCGAGUACUCGUAUACCUCUCCUGAUAUCCGCAGUGCCACUGUGGGUGUGAGGGAGGUAGAUGGGGAUACCAUCUUCCGGAUUGGGAGUGGCUCGAAGCUGUGGACUGUUCUACUGUUGUUGAUUGAAAAGGGAGACGCGGUUUUUGCUGAGCCUGUCGCGAAAUAUGUGCCUGAGAUUAGAGAUGCGGUUAAAGAGUUGAGUCGCAAUACAACAGAAAAGCGUGAUGGGAUUGAUUUUCCUCGCUGGGAAGAGAUCACCAUUGGUGAAUUAGCUAGUCAUAUGUCUGGGAUUGGGCGAGAUUAUGGCUUUGGUGAUUAUUCGUUUCUCCUUGACGAUCCUACCGCGUAUGGUCUUCCUCAACUAUCCGAUACAGACACACCUCCAUGUGGUCGAGACACAGCUUGCAGCAGAGCUAAUUUCUUCAAUGGCUUCUUAAAACGACAUCCCGUUGUCCCGAGCGCAUCCACGCCUGUUUAUUCAAAUGCUGCAUUCCAGAUUCUCGCAUAUGCAUUGGAGACAAUGACGAGCCAGACAUACGAGGGCCUCCUUGUCAAAGACAUCCUACGUCCACUUGGACUCAAUCAUUCGAGCUAUAGCAAGCCCGAUGAUAAACUCGGCGUCAUUCCGGGCGAUGUGAAUUCGAGCUACUGGGCUCUCGAUUCCGGGGAUGAAACACCAGCCGGAGGCCUCUACUCCAGCGUCAAGGACAUGUCCGCUUUGGGUCGUGCCAUUCUCACCAACAAACUACUCUCUCCUGCUCUCACCAGACGAUGGAUGAAACCAGUCACUCACACUUCCUCCUUGGCCUACUCUGUCGGUGCCCCGUGGGAGAUUUACUCUUUCCCAAGCUCCCGUGUUAUAGAUCUCUAUACCAAAGCCGGUGAUCUGGGCGGAUAUUCAUCUGUACUCGCCCUAUCUCCAGAUCACAGCGUAGGCUUCACCAUUCUUGCUGCCGGAACCCAAGAAACCACAAGCACGACAGACGUCGUCUCGUAUCUUUCCGAUAUGAUAUCCACAACACUCAUUCCCGCCCUGGAAGACGCAGCCAAGAUCGAAGCAGCAGCCAGAUUCACUGGUGUCUACGCCUCCACCAAAACCAACUCUUCCCUCACACUUACAGCAGAUGAUGGGCCCGGCCUGAAGGUUCAAUCCUGGAUAAGCAAUUCAGACAAUCUUCUUGGAUCUCUUGCCCAGUUGAAAGGGUAUGGGAAUCUUGAUAUCCGUCUGUAUCCCACCGGACUGGAAAGUACCAACCAUGUCUCGUUCCGUGCUAUUAUUCGGGAUCUUUCGGCAUCGCGUGGUAUUGGGCCUACUACUAACUCAUGUAUUACAUGGGGGACGGUUGAUGGAAUGCUUUAUGGGAGUGUCGGUCUAGAUGAGUUUAUGUUUGAGUUGAAUCAGAGCGGUGAUGUGGUGGGAGUAUCUCCCGGGGCAUUAAGGAUUUCGUUGGCCAGAUUGGUAUAAAGGAUGUGAAGCAAUUUCAUUCUUCAUAGAUACACAACUACCCAUCGCUGCUUAAUAGAACUCUAAAUAAAGUCCACAGCCUCAAUCAAAUACAGCACAAAAACAUCCGGGUUCUCCGUCGCAGGAAAAUGGCCCAAACCAGACAUGCUCUUGAACCUCGCCCCGGGGAUCUUUUUAGCAGUUUUCUCUGACAUCUCCGGUGUGUUACUCCAGUCGUACUCGCCCGUGAGGAAAUACAUCGGACACUUGCUCGUGUCAAUCUUUUCUACCCGUCCACGACCGUCCCAGCCGUUGAAGUAAAAGUCCGGAUCGCCGUGAAAGAUGCCAUAGGCUUGGGCGCUGUAUGUGUGCCAUAGCAGCUGGCGGUUCUCGAGUGGGCUUGUUGGGGAUGUCAUCUAAUCCAAGUCAGAAGGGAUCAGCCAUGGAUAGGGACAGCUUACUCCGUAGAUCCAUUCAGGGUUGAGAGUUGCGCUGUUGACAAGCGGCGAUUUGUC